CGCAGACGCACAGAUUGGAGGGCUGUCGGUGGUUGUGGCCAGGGCACUCAGUCCAAAUAAUUUGACUAAAAGAGACUGCUCACGAACAAGGGGAGGCGUGGGACCAAAGUUAACAUGUAAAGGAAGUGGAAAAAGUUAAACAACGCAAUCAACGUAAGCUUCUGCUUUUAUGAAGAAUCAUCAGAGAGCUGGUGAACCCACAGACCCCCUGGGACCCUCCCCGCCCCGCUAGCGUGAUCGGAGCUGCUGUCUUCUCGCCGUCGUACCCCGGGAUCCGUCCUCUGUUGGAGAAGAUGUUCCCGGCCACCUCCGGACCCCGCAGCGCGUCGUCAUUCUGAACCCCAUCCUCCUCACAUUACACCGUCUGGGUUGUUUCUGGCCAACGCAGCAUUCCAUGGAGCACAUAUCCCCGGAUUGUGAUUACAUUUUGAUAGCUGAUCCGAUUUUGCUGCUUUAAUUUGCAUUCUAACUGACGAUUGGCCCUCGCCUUGGGAAGCCACUCCCUCUCGCCUAACUCCUCAUCAUCUCAGUGGCGACAGGCCUCUGUCGGCUCUCACUUCCUGUCCUCACAGCCACUUUAGGAAGGCCUCGCCCUCCUCAGUGAUUGGACCUAUUUUUUUAAUCGACCAAUCGACCUUCAGCUCGGGGAGCGGCCAGUCGGUUUCGCUGUCUGACAUGGAGGCGCCCAUCUACGCCACGGGCAUCGCGGCCAAGCUCAGGAGCCAAUGGGAUCGCGACGACGGCCUGGGCCAGAACCACAAGGCGGUGAAGUUCCUGGGGCAGGACUACGAGUCGCUGAAGGCCAGCUGCGCCCGGCGCCGGGGCCUGUUUGAGGACCCCCUGUUCCCCUGCGCCCCCUCCUCGCUGGGCUUCGACGAGCUGGGGCCCCGCUCGGCCAAGACCUCGGGUGUCCGCUGGAUGAGGCCCACGGAGGUUUGCCGGAAUCCCAAGUUCAUUAUGGAUGGAGCCACCCGCACAGAUAUCUGCCAGGGGGGUCUUGGUAAGUCACCACGAACGUCCCGCAACAUUCCUGUCAACUGGUUGGCCGGGUCAACCACAUGACUCAGCGAUAAAGAGGGCCGCAUGGGCCUGAUAAGAAAAAAUAGAAAUACAUUUUGUCUGUCAUCGUGGAAGAUGAAGCGACCGAAAGAGGGAGUAUACGUUUCUUGCAAAACAUGCACCCUCGUGAAAGUCUGAGAAAUGUGUUGUUACUGGCACACGAAGACUUUUACAAGACAGAACAAAGAGUAAAAAUCCAGUUUGGAAAGAAAGCCUGAAGCUUUCAGGGUGACUCAGUUGGAUUAACUGAAGGACUCGUGAACGGGGAAAGGUUGAUAUGUUUAUAAAUUAAUCAUUAGGUUCUCCGUCAAGAAACCCCCUUACCGGAGGACUUUUUGGAC